AUGGAGCCCUAUGCGAAUUUGUGUUGUAUUUUGAAGGUGAAUACCCGUUGUGAUGCAUGUAAGAGAAAGACAUUGGAAGUAUUGAACUCCAUUUGCGGUGUGUAUUCUGUCACGAUUAGUGCAGAAGAAGGGACGGCAAAGAUUACAGGUGAGGUAGAUCCGAAUUUAUGUCUGUUAGCAUUAGCUAGAACUGGACAACAUGCUGAGCUUGUAUAUACCAAACUCGAUCACCCAAGACUUGGUAGAGGAGGAGGUUAUUACAACGACUAUGAUUAUUAUAGUGGUUCAUAUAAUUCCAACCAUGGUUACGGGUACUCUCGAUAUGGUUCCCUAAAUGAACCCUAUUGGCACCAGAGUGCUUUGCCUGGAGGAAUAUGGCCGAAUUCAUACCAACACUAUCCAUUGAGAAGGGCAUUGCCGGAAUACAACUCAAACUACUACUACGAUGCUACUCCAAUGGCUGCCGCCGGCAGGUAA